AUGCUUUGUUUGCUUAUUAGCUUCCAUACCAAAUUCACUAGCCCCGUUAAUUUUCUUUCGUCUUACUGUGUAAAUACUACAUACAACCCUAACAGCACUACCGGCAGCAUUUACAGAACCAAUCUGUAUUCCGUGCUUUUCGCUCUAUCUUCAAAUGCAUCUCGGACAGACACCGGUGGUUUCUACAAUAUCAGUACUGGCAAUGACCCUUCUAACACGGUCUAUGGCCUCUUUCUCUGUCGAGGCGAUGUCAGCACUGACGUUUGCAAAGAAUGCGUAGCAAGUGCCACCACAAGAGUAUUUCAAGAGUGCCUGAAUCGAAAGGCUGCUAUUGUUUGGUAUGACGAGUGCUUGUUACGUUUUUCUAACGAGACAAUCUUCUCCAAGGUUGAUUCCACAGCUGGUGUGUUUCUGUACAGUGUACAAAAUGUCACUGGUCCAGGAUGGUACGCCUUUACAAGGGUAUUGGUAGAUUUGUAUAACACUGCGUAUCAGGCUGCAAAUGACACCCGGGGCAAAAAGUUUGCUUUUCAAGAAGGCAACCUUACCACUUUUCAGAGAUUGUAUACCCUUACACAGUGCACACCAGAUCUAUCUGCAGAUGACUGUGGAAGCUGUCUCUCAGAGGCUAUAGGAUGGCUGCCCACUUGUUGUACCAUCAGAGUGGGAGGCAGAGUUUUCCUUCCAAGCUGCAAUAUUAGGUAUGAGCUCUACCGCUUCUACAAUAGUGCAUCCCCUGCACCACCGCCUUUGUCAAACUUACAUUCCUUCACUGGUGCUCCUCCUCCUAGUUCCACUAAAGGCAAAGGCCGAAGACCCCUACGAGGAGCUUUUCCAAUUGCUGUCCCACUAAUGGGGGUUGCUUUUGUGCUAUUUAUCAUGACUUUAGUCUUCCUGAAAAGAAGAUCAGGGAAGAGACAUGCUGCUAUGGCACAGCAGGGGGCAACUGAUGGAGUUGCCGAAAUCUUAACAGCCGAAUCCUUACAGUAUAGCUUAACUGAAAUUCAAAUUGCCACAAAUAACUUCUCUGUGGAUAACAAAAUUGGCGAAGGUGGAUUUGGUCGUGUAUACAAGGGUGUACUUGCUAAUGGACAAGAGGUAGCAGUAAAGAGGCUGUCAAGAAGCUCAGGGCAAGGUGCAGAAGAAUUUAAAAAUGAAAUUGUAGUGGUCGCAAAGCUUCAACACAGAAAUCUAGUUCGACUAUUGGGAUUUUGCUUGGAAGGAGAAGAAAAGAUACUCAUAUAUGAAUUCGUUCCCAAUAGAAGCCUUGACUACUUCCUCUUUGAUAGUAAAGAUUCAGAAAAGAAACGAUCACUGAACUGGUCAAGACGUUACAAGAUCAUUGGAGGUAUAGCAAGAGGACUCCUCUAUCUGCACGAGGAUUCUCGUCUUAGAAUUGUUCAUCGUGAUCUCAAAGCAAGCAAUAUAUUGUUGGAUGGAAAUAUGAGUCCAAAGAUAGCAGAUUUUGGCACGGCAAAGAUUUGUGGAGUUGAUCAAUCUGUAGGAAACACAAAUAGAAUUGCUGGGACAUUUGGUUACAUGGCUCCCGAAUACACAAGGUGUGGCCAGUUCUCCGUAAAGUCAGAUGUAUUCAGCUUUGGGGUUGUAAUUUUGGAAAUUAUCACAGGCAAGAAGAACAGUAGCUUCUACGUAUCUGAAGAUUCUGAAGGCCUUCUAAGCUAUGCUUGGAAGCAUUGGAGAAGCGGCGAUCCUUUAGCUCUUUUGGACUCAAGUAUUGGAGAUUCUUAUCUCAAAAAUGAAGUCAUUCAAUGUGUCCAAGUAGGUUUAGUAUGUGUUGAAGAAGAAGUCAGCAAAAGACUUACAGUGGCAUCCGUGGUCCAAAUGCUCAAUAAUAGUUCUGUUACCUUACCUACUCCACAUUGUCCGGCAGUUUUCCGGCGCCAUGGAUCGGAGGGCAGGGUGGAGGAGCUGGAAGUUGAUCAAUCUAAUACUGAAAGAAUUUCAGCUCCAAGCUAUGUAAAUGAGGCAUCAAUUACUGAACCAUAUCCCAGAUGAAGGAAGAAAUAGGGCUAAUUCUGGAAGGAAAUAUCAAGGAAUUGUGUUUCGCAUUUCCAAAUCCUCCUAAGAAUGAAAAAUCUGCUUGUACCGCAGUGUGUCCUAGUUGACAAAAUAGCCCCCAUGUACAAGUGGACAUUCUUGUCAAUC